AUGAGUAAUUUGUCUUCAGUCAUUAAGGAGGGCUCCACUGUAAUGCUUCUUGGUACACCUGAUGAGAGUUUGAUAGCUAAACCAGCAAAGCAAAGCAAAUUUAUUGAAGAUUUGGCACCGGAGCAACAAUUUCAACAUGUAAACCAACUACCAAUUGGAUUCCAAAACAUGGGUAAUACAUGUUAUAUGAAUGCUACUUUGCAAGCAUUAUAUAGAAUUGAGCCCCUGAGGGAAAUGGUAUUGGAAUAUAAGCCAACGGAUUCCAGUUCUGGUCGGACCGCAGAGGAGCCACACAGAAAAAUUGUUAUUGAAGUGAAACGUUGCUUUGAAAAUUUAAAAAGUAAAAGUUUCAAAUCUGUUAUGCCCAUGGUUCUCUUGACUGCUCUGAGAAAAUGUUAUCCACAAUUUGCUGAACGCGAUAGCCAAUCUGGGUUCUACAAGCAACAGGACGCUGAGGAGCUAUUUACACAAUUAUUUCAGACGAUGUCAAUUGUUUUCGGCGAUAAAUUCAGUGAUCAGUUCAAUAUUCGUUUCAGAACUACUAUCAAGGAUACAAAUAACGAAGAAGACGUCAAGAUAACCGAGGAUGAAAAUGAUGUCAAACUACAGUGUCAUAUUUCGGGUACAACUAAUUUUCUGAAAAAUGGACUACUAGAAUCAUUGCACGAUAAAAUUGAAAAGAGAUCAGAAAUAACGGGGAUUAAUUCAAUAUAUUCUGUCGACAAACAAAUAACAAAAUUGCCGGAAUUCUUGACUGUUCAAUACGUUAGAUUUUUUUGGAAAAGAUCUGCUGGAAAGAAAUCAAAAAUUUUACGUAAAGUUGUUUUUCCAUUUCAAUUGGAUGUUUCAGAUAUGUUAUCACCAGAGUAUGCUAAAUCGAAGAUUCAGGUUCGUGAUGAUUUUAGACAAAUUGAUAAACAGAGAAUUGAAAAAGAAAAUGAAAACAAGAAGAGAAAAUUAAACAGCAAUGAUGAAACUCAAUCCAUCGUGUUGACUCCAAGAGAAAAAUAUGAAACCGAGGUUGCAUUAGUCGAAAGCGAAAAGGAACAUUGGAGACAAGAGUAUAUCAAAAAAACUCCGAAAGAUCUCGAACCUGGUGAAAAUCCUUCUUGUCUAUACGAGUUAGUUGGGGUUAUCACCCAUCAAGGUGCAAACUCCGAGUCAGGCCACUAUCAAUCUUUUAUAAGAGAUGAUAUAGACGAAAACAAAUGGUACAAUUUCAAUGACGACAAAGUAAAUGUUGUCAGUAAAGAAAAGAUCGAAACCUUAGCCGGUGGCGGUGAAAGUGAUAGUGCCUUGAUCUUGAUAUUCAAGGGGUUUGGCUUAUAA